AUGUCAGAACACUCGAGCUAUAAAUCUGGCACUCCUUAUUCUUCUGGUCGGUCAUGCUCAGAUCAGCACACUCACUGCGGAUCAUCCGAGUCGCAAUCAGACUACCAAAGACCAUAUUUCUUGUCUUUUGACCUCUCGACGGAAAAACUGCGAGUCCAAAUCAUCGAUGACCUCCUUGAUGUGAUUCUGGCCGAUGAGGUUCAUUUUGAUGUCGAUCUUCCGGAAUACGGGCGAGUACCUAGCUCUGUUGCAGUUUUGGUGUACCAAGACGUACCGAGUUCCUACCCCGUGUCUGCCAAUAUACUAAUGAUACCAACUCAGCAUGGAUGCCACACCGAAGGAGAGGUAUCCACUUCACCGACUCACAUGCAUGUGAAAGCUGUUGACAUCAUACUGGAGCGGGUUGCAUCCAGAAUUGACCUCAAGCGGGUCAAAUGUAUCAGUGGUUCUGCUCAGCACCAUGCAUCCGUCUGGUGGUCAAAGGCAGCUAGCACACUCCUUUCUCGCCUCACGCCCCAGAAACGACUUCAUGAGCAGCUUCCACCUGAGCAGACUUGGACCAUGCCAAAUGCCCCGAAUUUUUACGACAUGUCAACGGUCACACAGGCGCAGUCCCUUGAGUGGAUGGUAGGCGGUCCACACGAGAUGGCGCGCAGAACUGGGGGUCGUGCUUUUUGCCGCUUCACUGGUGUUCAAAUUAUGAAACUCCAACAGACUCGUAGAAACAUCUUGGAAGCCACCGAACGAAUCUCAUUAGCCUCAUCAUUUUUGGCUACAUUAUUUUUGGGAAGCAUGGCACCUUUGAAUGAGGCCGAUGCUGCUGGCACAAAUCUUUGGAACAUCUCAGAACGUAGAUGGGAUCAUCAUCUGCUCAGUAUCGUCAUGGGUACUGAUCCAAACCUACCCGAAUCAUAUCAAGAAGCCAGCAAGCUGAAAAAAAAGCUAGGAGACCCGCAACUCGAUGGAUCAAUACCCAUCGGCCCAAUAUCGAGUUAUUUUGUGCGCCGCUAUGAAUUUUCGCCUGAUUGUCAAGUCUGUUCUUUUGUUGGUCAUCACCUGGCGACUUUCCUGAGCUAUCGACUCGGUCCUCAAGAUGCCUUAGUAUGCUUGGGUGAUUCUGACACGGACUCAGUGAUUUUACCUGUUCCAGGGUACAUACCUGAUCCUGCGCGACAAAUCUUACCUCAUCCCGCGUCAACCAACUCGGGCACACCCAACGAGAUAUCCGGGUUGGCGGUUUUGGAGUACAAAGACGCUGGCUUGGCUCGCUGCUUCGUUCGGGAUGCAUACUGCAAUGCCUCCUGGCAAAUUUUUGAUACUCUAGUGACCUUGAUUGCCGAAGGCGGACGCAUAGGCUUUUUCUGGCCUCAGGGUGAGCUUGGAGCCUGGCAAGGAAUUUCGCGAUUUGAGAGUGGCCAGAGGACAGAAGAGUUUAGGGACCGGAGGGCGAACCCGCGUUCCUUGCUUGAAUCCCAAUUCAUGAAUAUGCGUGUGCAGCUCGCGCGGAUAUAUCAAGCCGCUAGACAAUUGAAGAAUCCAAACCGCAAGCCCUCUAUGGUGUAUAGCUCGCUUGGGUUCAAUCCAUAUGACCAUACAAUUCUUCCGCGUCGUCUGAUUGUCAUGGGGAAGGCAGCAGACAGCCGAGUCAUGGUUGAUAUGCUUUCGUCUAUACUUGGUGCACCUGUUUAUCAACCUACAUCACUAUCACCUUCAAGCUACUCGCCGUCUUUCAGUGGAACUGAAGGUGCCAUCAGUCCCUCCGGCCUGGGAGCCGCGUACAAAGCGGCAUGGACUCAUGCGCGCCAGUUAGGCUCGACAGACUCGUAUGGCACAUUCCUCUCCGAAAGGCUACGACAUCGCGCUGAGCGACUUCGAGGAGAGACGUUCGAUGGACGUCGCCCAUCUGUUUCAAUCAUCACUCCCUCUAUUGCUAGCUUUGAGGCCCCUGAACCAUCUCUUUGUGCCACCUCCCCUCUCUCGCCGCGUCGGAUGAGCUUUUCGACUGUCAAGAUUGCGCCAGGCCUCGGUAUCACUCGUCCAGGGUCCCCAACAACUCCUAACAGUACUUCUAUCCUCAUCGUACCAAUCCGUACUGACCCGGAUGAUGCUGAGGCCGGAUUGAUAAAAGUUUCCGAACCCGACGAAGAUCUAUUCCAACAGUACGGUGGCUUGGUAGAGGAGUUUGUGAGGCUAGAAAACUUCGUCUCUAAAGAUGCGAUCAAGACGCUGCCUUCACCCACCCCAUUGGUACUGUCGUACCUGUGGAAAUCUUCAAUCGUUUAUGUAUACCCGUCGAUUAUCGCAAAACUCAAUAUCGUUGAAACAGACUAG